AUGGUAGCUGAUCUGAAUGAGGGAUUUACCCAAGAAGAAUUGGCAUUUAUACAAACCCAACAAUUGCCAUUACCGGCUGACAUCUUUUUGCAAACCCUAAAACAAUCAACUUAUGCGAAACAAAUUCUGGAUAAAUCUGGUGAAAUGAAUAAGGAGUUAGGCAGGAAAAAAGCCCAUUUGAGCACAACAAAAGCUAACAGAAAGAAGAAUAAGGACCAGAUUGCCGAAUAUGAUGAAGGAAUUGAGAUUAUUAGAAAAUACCGACAAAGAAUUGGCAUUCUAGAGGAAGGCACAAAAACUCUAAAGGUUGGGAAGGGUAUUUAUACACAAAAAAAGAGGAAUGCCUAUAAGAUUAACCCCAAUACAGGUGUUUAUAGAAAUGUAACCAUUGAUGUUCCCAGACUUUAUGGACAGCUUAAACUAAUUGCUCAUAAGGAUGGUAAAAAAGUAUAUGAUAAGCAAGUGGACUUUGAUACCCUUGAUCUGCUUACAAAGCGGUUCAAUAGUAAAAAGAAGUAUUCACCAUUAUCAAAAAUGGUAUUUGAUGACCUGAAUAGAAUAAGUGAUAUUCCAAUUCACAGAACAAGUAAUAAGUACAAAAAAAUCGGUUCAGGAGUUGUUUAUUAUAAUAACCCAGCUGACUUACUGGACAGAUUGAAAUUGUUAGGUGGCUCAAUACUUGCUGGAAAUAAUGGUGUGAAAAAUGAAUUUUCCAAAAUUGCUCACACACUAAACAAAUUAGGUGUUCUAAAUAACAACCAGCUUAAUAGUCUGAUAAAACAGUAUAUAAUGUAAUCUAAUAAUAUAAAUGCAAGAAAGAGCACUCCAUAUAUCAUCUGUUAAUAGACAGAAAAUCGGACAGAAUAAAGCAGAAGAUUUCAUAAUCAAAUUUGAUCCAGUGUUAAAACUCCAAAGUAACAUGACACAUGAAAUAGCCUUGGAUAAGGCCACAAUGACUUACAGUUGGCACAAUAUUUCAGAUCAGUAUCAAAAUAACCAAAUAAAAUACUCAACUGAUGGCGGAAAUUCAUGGGAAACCGUCAAAUUUGUGGAUGGGAUGUACACUUAUUCAGACCUAAAUGACUAUCUCCAUCAGUACAUGAAAAAGAAAGGUCAUCUUACCACCGACGAUAAAACUGGCGAUAAAUACCACAUUAACCUAACAUUUGUAUUAUCGACAUACAAGAUUCUCAUUCAGAUCGACAACAAUUACCAACUGGAUCUGAGAAAUAGUAAAUUUGGCGAGUUAAUUGGAUUUACAGAGAAAAUUGUAAAGAAAACAGAUUAUGGGACAAUUCUUCCCAAUAUCACAAAUUCCAAUGAUAUGAUCUAUAUCAAUACAGACGCCAUUACGAACAGCAUAUUGAAUGGUGUUAAUACUAAUACGUUAGCCGUCAUUCCAACUGACAACUUGACAAGAAGUUUUCCAUUCACAUUUGAACCCAGAAGACUAUUGUUUAAUGAAGUUUCCCAACUUAAUAUUUCACAAAUGAGGUUUUAUAUCACAGACUCACUGGGGCGACCAAUUGGACUAAAUAACAUUGACUGGUUUAUGACAUUGAUAUUGCGAUCCAAACCAGCAUAAUAUGUAACCUAAUAAUAUGCAAUGAGACAAUCAGAAUUUAAGAGACUUUAUGAUGUUAAAACGGGGAGAUAUGUUAAGAAGCAUAUUUAUGGAGAAGGUGUUACCGAUAUUUUCAAAACGAUUGGUAGAAAACUAUUUGGAAAGACGAUGAAAGAGGCCGCUAAAACAGCAACCAACAAGGCUGUUCAGAAAGCUGCUACUAAGACUGCCGAAUAUGCUGGCGAAAAAGCCCGUGAUAAAACUAUUCAGUUAUUGAGCAAAAAGAAUAAAAAGACACCGGUAGCAGCAUCACCAGUGGCAGCGACAACACCAACAAAAAAUCCACAAAAGGAACUCACCGAUUACGAGAUUAAUGAGAGGGUGAAUCAAUUAUUAUCCGGGGGUCAGAUGAGAAGAUUUAUGUAAUCUAUUAUUAUAUGAAAUCAUUUAGAGAUCCAAAAUAUGUUGAACGAUAUGAAGAUGUUAUUUUUGACCUAGAAACAGCACUAAAUACAACUGUGGCCAAUAAUGGUCACCAAAAGAAAGAUGGCUAUAGGUUUGUUGUUGAUAACAGUGGUGAGGUUACACCAUUUGACUGGUAUAAUGCUCGAAUCAGUCUUGAUUUUAAAGUAGUCUUGCUGGCUAAUGGAGGUAACAUUGCACUAGCAGAUCAUAAUGUAAUUGUGAACGGGUCGUACUCAUUCUUGAAAGUGUGUGACUGUAAUGACGCGAAUCACGCGGUAAAUAUUAAGAACUUACUUGAGUACAGUCCAUCUUACGCUGAACAAACCGCCAGCGAUGAGUUUCUCUAUCUUGAUACAACAAGACACCCAGAGGAAACAAGAUUCACUAAAAGACGAGUAACUCAUAGAAGAAAUGCUGCCAAUAACGCCGAUGAUGCAGGAUUAAUGUUGGAUGAUGUAGUAGCUAAUUAUAAUAAAGGUUUUGCCCCUCGGAAAGCACUCCUAGGUGUCUCAUCCACAGUAAACACUGAAAUACCACUGAAUAGAUACUCAUUCUUCGAAAUGUUAGAAGAUGAGCUGUUACCUAAUACAAGAGUUGAGAUGAAUUUUGAGAUUGAGUCAGAUGGUAAUCUAAUUUGGCAAGCUGGGGCUAAUUGCAGAGUGGUUAUCACUAGGAUGCAGUUGUAUGUUCCGCGAAUAACCUUUAACAGUGAAGGCCAAUCAUCCUACAUGAGUCAUAAGUGGACUUAUUUGAGAGAGAAUAUAGAAAGAUCAAAUAGCAGCCAGCAGAGAGCUGGGCAUUUCAGAAUUUCUUCUGGUAUUUCGAAACCCCGACACGUGUUUGUAUUCAGAAUAAAUGAUGCAAAUAUUGAUGCCCAGACAGCUAAUCCAUUCUUGUACAAUACAUUCUCUGUAUCAACUGACCCAAGAACCUUAUGCAAUUGUCACCUGGAAGUUGGAAAUGGUAACGAAUACCCCGAAAUACAUUACACACCAACUACUGAUAUGACCAGAGUCUUCAGGGAUGUGUUGAAGUAUGUCCACAAAAAUAAUGAAUACGGUGAAGGGUCAUUACUCAAUAAAUCUAGUUUCAGUACGCUAUUCCCCUUCCUAUAUUUCGACUUAACAAAACAGAAAAUGGACAUUAAGGACGGCACUACAAAACUGACAUUCAAAUAUGAGCUAUCUGGAACAACGGCAACAGCCUACUCAAUUUACGCAUUAACAUUAUAUGAGCAGGAUGUUGAGCUAAUACAGAAGGAUGGCAAAAUAAUACUCAGAUCGUAAAUUUAUGUAACGUAUAUUAUAUAUAAGUAAUGACGAAAUAUUAUCCUUAUGGUGUGUCACUUAAUAAAGGACAAAUGGAAAAGCUUUCGAGAGCUUACAAUAAUAAUUCUGCAAUAACUAUCAGAUUACCAGAAAUGAGUUAUCCGGACCACAUGAGUUAAUGCUCACAAAAUCUCAGAUCAAUAAAUUGAAAAAGGCAAUGAACCAAGGUACAGGAUCGGAUAUCAAAAUAUCGAAAACACAAAUCAGAAAGGCUGUUAGACAGGGUGGUAAUUUGUGGGGAUCAUUAGCCAGGUUACUACCUAUGGCAAUGCCAUUAGCCAAAAUGGCUGCCGCUCCACUUGUAACAGGAGCGUUAUCGGGAUUGGCCAGUCUCGGUGUGGAUAAAACAUUCGGGAAUGGUCAACAAGGAAGUUUUCUUAUUCCAAUGGAUAAAAUAGCGCAUUUGGUUGCAUAUAAACAUUUAUUGAACACAGGUCAGAAAAAAGAUAUUCUUAAUGCUCUCCAAACUGGCAACGGAUUAGUUAUCAGACCGACGAAAGCACAGCAGGGUGGUUUUUAG